GUUAUUUUUUUAAAAUCCCCCAAUUUGAAAUCAAAAUAUAAAAUUGAAAUUCCAAGUUGAUUUAUUUUGUGUUUGGCUGCUAAGAAAUCAAGGGAAAAAUAAAACUUCCGAACUCCCACCAUCGCAUUCCUUCACCUUGUAGGUUUUUUUCUCAGCAACCAAACUAGCCUUUUCGGGAUUUUGGUGUACCAUAUAAAACCCUAAUUAGUUUAAGAAAGCUCCUGUUAAGGUGAUUCAUAAAGCAUCUUCCUUUUGCUUUCUGAAAACAAAAUUUUGGAUUGAUAUUUUUCUUUUCUUGUAGUUUGAGAAACAAGGAAAGUAUUUUGAAAACACUGUUGUUUUUCGGUUAAAUUUUUCCUAGAAAUGAGUGCAAGCACUUUGGUUGCUGAGACAGUGUGGAAAAGCGUUGAAUCAACUCGAUCAGUGUCGGAGGAUCAGCUUUCAAUCUUGUUCUUCUUGUUUGGUAAAAAUUUGGAGAAAGCAACUAGGAUAGUUGAUCAAAGGGGUGUCAAGAAGAUCUCUGGUGAGCCUAGUGGCCGGUUCAUCUUUCAGAAUUCUGGGCCAUGUUUAACAACCAAAUGGAGCUUGACCCGGUUAAAGCCCCGGUCGACUGGUCGGACCAAUGGUUGGACUGCAUCACCACACUACAUCACAUAUAAAAUUUCUGGUCUGAUGGUGUUGCAUCAUAUCCAACAAAUGUAUUUGCAAAUAUAUGUUGACAUCCGGUUAAAUCAUGGUUGAACCCCAAACUAGUGCGGUUAACCCCGUUGAACUGCAGUAUAAAAUGGUCCAAUGACUGAAGCCAUUAGACAAUUCACAUUCACCUAGACUGGACUGAUCACUGGGUCCUGGUCAAAUCCAUGGUUCUGGGAAAGUGCGGUUGGCAAGAGUUGUCUAUGCAAAGUAGAUGUGGGAUUGUGAUUGUUGUGCACUUCUCAAUUUUACAGUGAAAGUUGUUUAUAUCACUACUAAGGAAACUGGAAAAAAGUGUCAAAACAUGGUUUCUUUUUUAAUUUGGUGCUGUAGGUUGUGGGAGAAUCGCGGAGGAAAGAGGAGUAUUUCUGUUUUGCUGAACAUUUUUGUGCCUGCUAUUCAUUCUUCUAUGACAUUG